GGGUCCUUUUUCAGUUUUCUACUUUUUUCCUUUUUUUAUUUCUAAGUUUUCCUCUUUAAACCUUUUGCCCUCAGCAAACAAAACCACCAAAGACCACCAUAUAUACCCCCACCCCACUCCACCCCACGCCACCCCCUUUACCCCUUUUACUCAAACCCCACACCCACCAACACUACUACUACCUUCCCAUAUCUCAAAUCCCAUGUUAAACAGACUGGUUUCUUGAUCCACCAGCAUGUUACUACUUGCUAUUCCCAACUCAUUUUCUUCCUCAGGUAUAACGUUACUAUUGUAAUUGGUCCUUUGAGGUGGUUUUUAGAGCCUGUUAUCAAGUUUCUAUUCUUGGGCGUUAAAGAAUAAGAACUGCUGUGUACGUGCAUUGCUAUUGGGCAUCUGUUGAUAGCUUUGUUGGCAUAAUGGGUUCUCGAUUCCCGUCUCAUAAGUUGAGCGGUGGCCUUUAUGUAUCUGGCCGGCCUGAGCAACCAAAAGAAAAGACUCCAACUAUGAGUUCAGUUGCCAUGCCUUAUACUGGUGGUGAUAUCAAAAAGUCCGGUGAGCUUGGAAAAAUGUUUGAUAUCCCAACUGGGUCACGGAAAUCUGGACCUAUUAGCAAUGCCCCAACAAGAACAGGAUCAUUUGGUGGUGCUAAUUCUCAUUCAAGUCAACUGAAUUCAAUUAAUCGCAUGACUUCUGCUGGCGGUACUGGAUCUGUUUCUCUGAAAAAGACCAACUCUGGGCCUCUAAAUAAACAUGGGGAGCCUAUGAAGAAGUCGUCUGGUCCCCAAGCUGGAGGGGCUGCUUCCCGCCAAAAUUCUGGCCCUCUUCCCCCAGUUCUCCCUACCACAGGUCUGAUUACAUCUGGUCCCAUAUCUUCGGGUCCACUCAAUUCAUCUGGUGCUCCGCGGAAGGUCUCAGGUCCAUUGGAUUCCACAGGCUCAAUCAAGCUACAGAAUGCUUCUAUUCUUAAUAACCAGGCUGUUACUCGUCUAAGCCACGGUGAAGAGUAUUCCUUCCGCAAGAGCUUCCCGAAGGCAAUACUUUGGUCUAUAAUUCUUCUAUUUGUGAUGGGAUUUAUUGCUGGUGGAUUUAUUCUUGGAGCUGUUCACAAUACCAUUCUUCUUGUCGUUGUUGCUAUCCUCUUUAUCAUUGUUGCUGCGGUAUUCGCAUGGAAUACUUGUUAUGGAAGAAGUGCUAUUGUUGGUUUCAUUUCUCAGUACCCUGAUGCCGAGCUUAGAACUGCAAAAGACGGCCAAUUUGUUAAAGUUUCUGGGGUAGUUACAUGCGGAAAUGUCCCUCUGGAAUCUGCAUUUCAGAAGGUUUCUAGAUGCGUUUAUACAUCCACUAGCUUAUACGAAUACCGGGGUUGGGAUUCAAAAGCUGCCAAUCCAGAACAUCGUCGUUUCACUUGGGGUCUUCGUUCACUGGAGAGGCAUGUUACUGAUUUCUACAUCUCUGACUUCCAAUCUGGAUUAAGAGCAUUGGUGAAAACUGGAUAUGGUGCAAGAGUAACCCCUUAUGUUGACGAAUCUGUUGUUGUGGACAUCAAUCCAUCAAAUAAGGACAUGUCCCCAGAUUUUAUCAGGUGGCUAGCUUCCAGAAAACUAUCUAGCGAUGACAGAAUUAUGCGAUUGAAAGAAGGGUAUAUAAAAGAAGGUAGCACGGUCAGUGUGAUGGGAGUUGUCCAAAGAAAUGAUAAUGUCCUAAUGAUUGUUCCUCCUCCAGAGCCGUUUUCAACAGGAUGUCAGUGGGCUAAAUGCAUUCUUCCAGCCAGUCUCGAUGGCAUUGUACUGAGAUGUGAGGACAGUUCAAAGACUGAUGUCAUUCCGGUGUAAUAGCCGUUUAACAGAUGAAGGCUCUACUGUUUUGGUAUGGAACUUGUUGCAAAAUCCUCUUUCAGUAGUAGUGAGGAUGGCGUCUCCACUCGGUUAACCAGGUGUAUAGUUUGUCAAUCCUAUUUUUUGCUUCUUUUUUCCUUUUGCCUGUUAUGGUGUUGGUGUGAUUAUUAUAAUAGAGGAAACAUGUUGAUUAAUGAGGAUUUUUGAGAGAGUUCUUAUGGUUAGAGAACUUUUAUAUAGUUUUAUUCAUGUAUGUCCUGGUAAAAAAAAACAAGAUAUGUUUAUUUGAUUUGAUGAUUUUUUUUUGUGGCCUCUUAGCCACUUUCAAGGCUUUUCUUGCAAUGAACACACUCCCACAUGCAGAAA